AUGUCGGGCGGAUUAUCAACAGUCGGUGAAUGGGACACUCGUGCGUGCAUCUUUAACUUGGACGGUCUUUUGAUCAACAAGGAAGACUUGAACGCGGACUGUGUGAACGCGAUACUUGCAAGGUACGGUAGGCCACGUCUUACCUCUAAGGUUCGUGCCCAGCUCACGGGGGUUCCGGAUUCGACCAAUGGGGAUAUAUUCCAUGAUUGGGCGAAAUUGUCUAUAUCUCGUGAAGAAUUCACGGCAGAAUACACAAAAGAAUCGCAGGAGUGUUUCCUCGCUUGCCAGCCAAUGCAUGGGGCUCGCGAACUUUUGUUGAACCUCAGUCGCGCGUACAGUGCCUUUUCUGGCGAACGUAUGCUGCUUUCUUUAGCGUCUAGCACGACGCAUGAAAUGUUUCAAAUCAAAGUUUCGCAAGAGGAGAUUCAAGGAUUCCUUGGAUAUUUCCGACAAGAAAACAUGAUAUUGGGUGAUGAUCCCAGAGUCCCUCCCGGUCGGGCGAAGCCCGCGCCCGAUAUUUACUUGACGGCGUUGCAGUCGCUUAACAUGACUCGUGGUCCUGAUGAGGCGAUACAACCAGAUCAAUGCUUGGUGUUCGAGGACAGCCCGGUUGGGGUAGAAGCUGCGAGGCGUGCCGGCAUGAGAGUGGUUUGGGUACCGCAUCCGGAGUUGGCAGAUCAAUACGACAUUGGAAGAAAUGAUGCGAUAUCGUUCAGCACGGGUGCCGUACAUACGGGACAGGUUAGAAGAGCAGUGUCCCUGUACGAUAGUAUGGUUGAAGUCCUGCCCAGCCUUCAAGACUUUAGCUAUGACAAGUACGGCAUCGUUAGUCUUGCUCAGGCUUCAAAACUUUAG